CAGAGUUGGCAUAUAGUUGGUCAGCCCUCAAAAAUUACUGUAUUUGUCUGCUUUAGUCAUUUUUCUCUCAAUGUUUGGCAAUGAAUUGAUGACAUAAUCUGAUCAGGUUAUUUAUAAAGUGUCGCAACAAGCACGUGAGCUGAUUGCAACAUUAGUCUCUUUUAAUACAGCUAGAUGUCAUACAAGACUGAAACAGGUAAAUUGAUAGUUCAAUUUCAUUACGAUAAAAAGAUAGGGCCUCGUAUUUACACAAAAACUGUAUCAGUUCGACCAAUAUGGUUCAACUUUGAAAAAUUAUGUACUAUCAGAAUUUAAUAAUGGGUAUAAUUAACCGCUACUUUUUGGUUGUAUAAACUAACAAUUUGACCAGAAACUGUGACGUCCAAAGACUAUAUUUUCAAAGAUUUAUUUUAUACAAGUGUAGUAUUCAAUCUUAUCCAUUCAAUAAAUUACAUGAACAUUUUUGCUGAAAUAGAUUCAUAUCCUGUGAUAUCCAUGUAUAUAGCUAUAAGCUAUAAUAUUGGCCAGCUCCAGCUAGAGUGGUAAAAUAUCUGGUAUUAGUAUUUAUAGACAGAGUAAAAUAACAGAAUGGGGUGAAUUUCUUGUUUGUCUGUAACAAUUGGUUUUACCAACUAACAAGAAUGUAGCAAAAAAACAAAAAACAUUGAAAUAAUUUGCAUUUCUUGUUACAUAUUAAUGCAUUUUCCUUAUUUUUUACCAACAUUUUAGGCAACAUGUUAACAAAAACAGAGGCAAUUGAAUUUCUUCAAAUUGAAUGGAAAAUAGAGAAUGUUGAACAACAACUACAAAAUGACCGUGAAAAAUUUCUGAACAAGCUGAUAUUUACUGCUCAUGAAAUGGUUCCAUUCCAAAUGUUAUUUAUCGGCAAGCUUGCACUCAUACCCCCAGAAGAACGAAAAGUGCCAAGUAUGGCAGAAAUUGAUCAUAUGUGCAUGUCGGGCAAUGGAGGAAAUUGCGUAGUGAUUAACAUGUUCAUGUCACGACUCCUUAAAGCUCUUGGAUACUCUGCCUUCGUUUGCAGAGCAACUGUAACAAGCUAUGUCUUUAAUUCCCACUUAAUUGUCAUCGUUAAAGAUCUCGUUAUCACAGGAGACCUCCAUCUUGUUGACUGUGGGUUAGGCCUACCAUCAUUUAGGGCAAUCUCGUUAAAUUUUAACGAAGAGUCACCCGUGUACAGGGAUUCGUUUCUUCAAUACAAGUUCAUUAAACUUGAUGGUAAAGUUCUGCGCAUGCAUGGUGAUGGCGACGUAGUGGUCCGCAAAGAUCGACCAAUAGAAGACCUCGAUUUCAUUUGUGGAAAAUGGAGACGGUUCUAUGAAUUUACCAUCGAAACCUUGGAAUGUGAAAAUUUGGAAGAUUUAGGUCCAGUAUUUUCAUUAGCUUACCUUCCAAAGUUGAAACCCCGGGCAGCUAGAUUCCCUGGUGGAAAAGCAGUUCUGCUAAAUGAAGGAAAUAUUUUGUCCAUUGAACAAGAGGACAAAACACUUAAAACAGUAACAUUGCAAUCAAAAGAAGCAUUGCAAGUUUUUAAACAUUAUUUUCCCAGUAUAAGUGAAGACUUAGUUCAACAGGCUUACUCAACAUGGCAAAAGUCAAGAUUGUGAUGUAAUGGACAAACUUAGAGAACUAUAAAGGAAAAAUCACAACCCCUGAUUUACUUUCUAUAAUAUGAAUAGAGCAUGCAGUUAUAUAUUAUUAUAAAAUUCAUGAAGAAAAUACAAAAGAAAUUAAUGUUUAAUCAAUGUUUGUAAAUUGCAUAAAGAUUUGUCCUGAUUUACAUAAACUUCAGCUUUGACUUUCUCGGCUUAUACAAGAUGUUUAUUUUUAAAAUUACUUCGCCAAUGAACUCAUGACAUAAGAUGGGUCGUUUUAUAAGCACGAUAAAACAUUUGCAUCCGAUCUUUAUCUGAUAUGUACAAACUCUUGCCUUCGGCUCGAGUUUUUAUAUCAGAUAAAGAUCGGCUGCUCAUUUUUUAUCUAGUGCGUAACAAGCUUUCGUUGGUAGGAUGC